CCGCUCGCCCCUGCGGACGGCUCUUUAUUGUCACCCACGGCCGAGGCCAGUCCCGUGGGGCCCCGGGUGGCUCUGCAGUCGUGCCCGCCAGGCCGAGCCCACGGGCCCUGCGCCCCAGGCCGGGCCCGCGCAGAGCUAGCCUGGUCCACCAUGAAAGGUUCACGGACCAUCAGUGCUACUCCUGAAGGCAGUCCAGAAGGUAUGGACUUGAGUCUGGUUGGCCUCCCUCCACCCAUGUCCCAGCGCCCCAGCAGUGCCUCUGCCACCAAGUCCAUUGUCCGCUCCGUGUCUGUGGCCACGGGCAGUGAGCCGAGAAAAAAGGCGUUGGACGCCACAGGGCCUGGGGGCUCCCGCGCUAUCAACAAUCUUCGAAGAUCUAACAGCACCACGCAGGUCAACCAGCCGUGGACCGGCUCGCCCAGGCCUGCCAGAGCCGGCGACUUCCUGAUGCUCUUCGAGGGCAGCACCAGUGGGAGGAGGAGGGUGGCCAGUCUUAGCAAGGCGUCCAGCGAGAAGGAAGCCUCGUGGAACGUCCUGGAUGACCAGCCUAGGGGCUUUGCUUUGCCAGCCAGCGUCCAGAGUCCCAGCACCCUUGACUCUGCCUUGGGCCCUCGGAGGAAGGAGUGUGCCCUGGCACCCAGCUUCACUGUUAACAACAGGAGCAACAAAGGCACCGUGGGCAACAGCGUCACCACCAUGGUGCAUAACCACUACGCCUCCCUGAAGAGGGCGUCGCCUCCCAAGAGCUCCAACCAGACGGCCCCUCCUGUCAGCAAUAUCAUCAAGGCUGCAGCUCGAGAGGGCGGUGAGGGCGGUGACUUUGGGAAGCCUCGGAAGAACUUCUCUGGUGGCAAUCUCUCCACCCGGGGUGCCACCGGCCUGCUGAGGCGGAAGGAGGUGACUGAGGAGGAAGCUGAGAGGUUUAUCCAUCAGGUAAACCAGGCUGCAGUCACCAUCCAACGCUGGUACCGCCGCCAGGUACAGAGGCGCCGAGCAGGAGCAAGCCUGGAACACCUGCUGGCGUCUAAGCGGGAGGAGCAGAGGCAACGGCUGGGUAGUGGGAACCUUCUGGACCUGCACCGGCAGGAGGAGGCAGCAAGGAAGAAGGCCCGGGAAGAGAAGGCGCGCCGGGCCAGGCAGGCAGCCAUUCAGGAAUUGCAGCAGAAACGAGCCCAGAAGGCAGGUGAGGCUGAGCACAGGCCGCCUAAAGACAGACCAGAGACCAGAGCACCGGGGCAGCCUCGACCCACCCAGGAGCCACCCUCGAUGCCAGGCAGUACCGCCCACCAGGCCCUCAAGGCCAACAAUGCCAGUGCCAGCAUCUACCCCACAGGCCCUGGAGACCCCUGCCCUCCUGCCUCUGAGUCAUCCCCAGAGCCCCAGCAGCCUCCAGAGGACAAGCCACAGGACAGCCAUUCCCAGGAUGUAGCCAGAGGGGACUUGGAAGUGUUGGGCACUACCAGGAGCAAGAUCAGGGCCAGAGCAACCCUGGAUGAGCUGCUAGACACACUGAGGCUGCUGGAGGAGGAGCCUGAGCCGCUGCCCCGCCCAAAGACCUAUCACAAAGACAGAUAUGCCUGGACCGAUGAGGAGGAUGACACCAACUCCCUGACAGCUGACAACCUGGAGAAAUUUGGGAAACUGAGUGCACCCCCAGGCCCACCUGAUGACGGGACUCUGCUCUCAGAGGCCAAGCUACAGAGCAUCAUGAGUUUCCUGGAUGAGAUGGAGAAGUCGGGACAGGACCGGCCAGCACCCCAGCGGGAGAGCCUGGUGCCGGAGGCGGGCCCAAGGCCCCUGGAACUGGGGCCUGAGGGGAGCACAUUCAUGAUGCGGCUAAAGCUGGAGGUCGAGGAAAAGAAGCAGGCCAUGAUUCUCCUGCAGAGAGCUCUGGCGCAGCAGCGUGACCUCACCAUCCGACGUGUUAAGGAGACAGAGAAGGAGCUGAACCGGCAGCUGCGGCAGCAGAAGGAGCACUAUGAGGCCACCAUCCAACGGCACUUGUCCUUCAUUGACCAGCUGAUUGAAGACAAGAAGAUUCUGAGUGAGAAGUGCGAGGCAGUGGUGACUGAGCUGAAGCAAGGGGACCAGCGGUGUCGGGAGCGCGUGGCCCAGAUGCAGGAGCAGCACGAACUGGAGAUUAAGAAACUCAAAGAACUCAUGAGUGCCACUGAGAAAAUCCGCCGCGAGAAGUGGAUCAAUGAGAAAACGAAAAAGAUCAAGGAGAUCACAGUCAGAGGUCUGGAGCCCGAGAUCCAGAAACUCAUUGCCAAGCACAAGCAAGAAGUGAGGAGGCUCCGAGACCUGCACGAGACUGAGCUGCAGCAGCGUGAUGAGCAGGCCGCACAGCGCCACCUGCGCCAGGCGGAGGAGCUGCGGGAGCACCUGGAGCGGGAGAAGGAGGCGCUGGGCAAGCAGGAGCGCGAGCGUGCCCAGCAGCGGUUUGAGCAGCACCUGGAGCAGGAACAUCGGGCCUUGGAGCAGCAACGGCGGCGACUCUACAAUGAGGUGGCUGAAGAGAAGGAGCGCCUGGGCCAGCAGGCAGCCAGGCAGCGGGCAGAGCUGGAGGAGCUGAGGCAGCGGCUGGAGGAGAGCAGUGCAGCCCUGACUCGAACCCUGAGAGCCGACUUUGAGAGGAGCCGGGAGGAGCAGGAGCAGAGGCACCAGAUGGAGCUGAAAGCCCUGAAGGACCAGCUGGAAGCUGAGAGACAGGCGUGGGUGGCCAGCUGUGCCAAGAAGGAGGAAGCGUGGUUGCUGACCAGGGAACGGGAGCUGAAGGAGGAGAUCCGAAAAGGCCGGGACCAGGAGAUCGAGUUGGUCAUCCACCGGCUGGAGGCUGACAUGACACUGGCCAAGGAGGAGAGCGAGAGGGCAGCCGAGAGCCGCGUGAAGCGUGUGCGGGACAAGUAUGAAACGGAGCUCUCGGAGCUGGAGCAGUCGGAGCGGAAGCUGCAGGCACAGUGCACAGAGCUGAAAGGGCGCCUCGGCGAGGCCGAGGGGGAGAAGGAGCGCCUGCAGGCCCUGGUCCGGCAGAAGGAGAAGGAACUGGAAGACGUGCGAGCGGUGAACACACGGAUGAGCAGCGAGCGGGCCAGCCUGGCCCAGGUGGUCCGACAGGAGUUUGCAGACCAGCUGGCAGCCUCCCGGGAGGAGAGCCAGAGGGCGAAAGCUGAGCUUGCUGAGCUGCGGGCCCGCCAGCAGAUGGAGCUAGAUGAGGUGCAUCGGAGGGUGAAGACGGCUCUUGCAAAGAAGGAGGAGGUCGUGAACGGUCUCCGGAAGCAGCAUGAGGCUGCUGUGAAGCGGGCGAACCACCUAGAGGAGCUGCUGGAGCAACACAGACGGCCAUCUUUGAAUGCUAAAUGACAUCACUCUUGGGAUGAAAGACUGAGGCAGAUGCUCAGCCCUGCAGCUGGUGUCCAGGUUACGUUCCAAGACACAGGACUAAGGGUAGUCCAGCAGCUGGUGUGAGAGGCACCCUCUCAUGGAACUCCAGUGCUCAGGACAUUACUGUCAGCUUGCCUGCAGCUGUUUUAUAGUAAAGCACGUUAGUUUUUUUUGUUU